UACUUGCUCCACUCCCUCCUCCCAACUAUAAUGCUAGCUAAGAUGGUGGUUUGAGCGUAAAUUGUCUCCACAAUACCAAGAAAAGAAAGGGGCAAAACAUCUUUAUAGCCUUUUAAUUACAACAGAACAACACAACUACUGGAAUCUUACGUGACCGUCUAUAGAUAUUUUGACAUUUCAGAUACAUUGGCUCGCAGUCCCCGCCCAAUUUGGUGUGACUCCCUUGGAGAGGAAUCCUAAGCUAAAUACGGACAGGCCCUGUGCUCUGUGAUCAGCUUCAGUACUCACCCUUGCUGCGCCAUAGGAUGUCCCACAGCCCUGAAAUGAAGGACGACCCCAUGGAGUGCCCUCUGUGCAUGGAGCCGCGGGAGAUUGAUGACGUCAACUUUUUCCCCUGCACCUGUGGCUACCAGAUCUGUCGCUUCUGUUGGCACCGCAUCCGCACAGAUGAGAACGGCCUCUGCCCCGCAUGCAGAAAGCCUUACCCAGAGGACCCUGCUGUGUACAAGCCUCUGUCACAGGAGGAGAUUCAAAGGAUAAAGAAUGAAAAGAAGCAGAAACAGAACGAGAAGAAGCAGAAGGUGACAGAAAACCGCAAGCAUCUGGCCAGUGUCAGAGUGGUCCAGAGAAAUCUGGUGUUUGUGGUGGGGCUCUCGCAGCGACUCGCCGACCCGGAGGUCUUAAAACGGCCAGAGUAUUUUGGGAGGUUUGGGAAAAUCCAUAAAGUGGUCAUCAACAAUAGCACAUCUUAUGCAGGUUCACAGGGGCCUAGUGCCAGCGCUUAUGUCACUUACAUCCGCUCUGAAGAUGCUCUAAGAGCAAUACAGUGUGUGAACAAUGUGGUUGUUGAUGGGAGAACGCUCAAGGCUUCUUUAGGCACAACAAAGUACUGCAGUUACUUCCUCAAAAGUAUGCAGUGUCCUAAACCUGAUUGUAUGUACCUGCAUGAGUUGGGGGAUGAAGCGGCUAGCUUUACUAAAGAGGAGAUGCAGGCGGGGAAACAUCAAGAGUAUGAGCAGAAACUCCUCCAAGACCUCUAUAAAAUUAACCCUAGCUUUCUACAACCUCCAGCUUGUGGCACAGAGAAGUCAAAGAGUAAAUCCAACUCCACACAGAGAACCAACAAUAGCAAUGGUAAAGAUGGGUGGCCAACACUGUCAGGGCAUAACAAACUGUCCAACGGGCUUUCAGAAGACCGCAAGUCCCCUCCACUGCUAGACUAUCUAGACCAAGAAGUUAUUACUUCAGAUGGGUUAGAAACAGAGCUGGGUCCUGGCCAGCGUACUGCCUUGUCCCCCUUCUCCUCUAACUGUGACAGUAACAGUCCCAGUGACAAACCUCCAGAGUCUAUCGGUAUGGUAAAUGGCGAGACUUUACAACAGAUACCCACCAGUGACUCCCCCUCCCCUCCCCCGGGUUUAACUAAGCCCAGUCUGGUAGUGCCCAUCAGCAUGUCAGAUAUCACAGCCCGUUCGCCCUUUGAGGGUGCAGCAGCUGAGUCCCAGUCGCUCUUUUCAGACAACAGUAACUUCAGACAUCCAAACCCUCUCCCUGCUGGCCUGCCCCCCUUCCCCAGCUCUCCUCGCGGCAGUUCUGACUGGCCUAUGACUCCUGAACCACAGAGCCUCUUCGCAUCAGACACAAUACCAGUGUCUUCCUCCACAGACUGGCAGGCGGCCUUUGGCUUUGGCUCUUCCAGCAAACAGCAGGAUGAUGACCUGGGCUUUGAUCCUUUUGACGUAACCCGCAAGGCUUUGGCUGACUUGAUAGAGAAGGAGUUGUCAGUACAGGAUCAGAGCCCUUCGUCCCCUGGGCCCAUCACCCAGGGGAGCAACCAUGGUCUCACCUUGCCACCCUCCAACCCUAACCCCAGCGCUUCCCACCACUUCCCCAGUGGCCUGCCACGUGUCCAGCAGUUCCACCACCACAGAACCAUCUACAGCUCCUUCAGUUUCCCCAGCACUCACAACAGCCAGGCCAGUCAGCAGCAGCCAGCUACCAGACACCCCUGGUUAGGCGUGCCCACACGGAAUAACCUCACACACUUGAACCACUCAGCCAGUGCUGCCUCACACAGUAAUUUCCUGGACCUGAAUCUGCCCCCUCAGCACAACACAGGGCUGGGAGGGAUCCCCAUCUCAGAAAACAGCAGCUCUAUAGAGGGCUUAAAUGUGAAAGAGUGGCAGGACGGUCUCAGAGCUCUCCUGCCUAACAUCAAUAUCAACUUUGGGGGCCUCCCAAACUCCUCGUCCUCCUCCUCCUCUUCAUCCUCCAACAGUGUUAACCACAUUGGUGGGCCAGGUGGACCAGCAGGCAUGUCGCACAGCCUGAGCUGGGAUGGCACAGGCAGUUGGAUGGACCCUGCUAUCAUUACAGGGAUCCCAGCUUCAGCAGGCAGCAGUUUAGACUGCCUCCAGGACGAUAACCCACCACACUGGCUCAAGUCCCUGCAGGCCCUCACAGAGAUGGAUGGCCCUGCCAGCUCAGCGGUGCCCACUCCCCAGCCCCUCCACAGCGGCCUCCUCGAUGCCCACAUCCCGCUUCAUCACAGAGCCGGUGGCUGGGCUCCCUACCUCCCCCCUCCCACAGCCAACCCCGCCAGUCAGUUCCACUCCCCUCCCCCAGGCUUCCAGACCGCCUUCAGACCCCCGGGACAGCCCUCCACAGAGCUGCUACAGAGUGCCGCUGUGGACCGCCACUGAACACAGACUACAGCAGACACCCAUCCAUUGCCCCACUACCACUUUAUACCCACUCAUCCUGUACCCUCCCCCCUCCCCUCCAAAUGUAAUACACACCAAUCUGCAGAGUAUGAAAAAUUAACAAAGUAACAAACAUGCUUUCUUCUU